AUGAGCAGCAUGCAUAAUCCGUUUAGUGCCGUGAGGGGAGAUAGAGGGGAUGGACUUGGGUCAGACUCGGAGGGGGAAGGCCGACAAGAUCCUCUUUGGGGAAAGAGACACUCUUAUAAUAGGGGCUCAGUCGACGCAGAUUCGGAUUACGGUACCCCGCAACCGCAACGCAGGACGACCGCAACAGCAUCGCAGUGGGCCAGCAGCGUCUCCCCAAGUUCGGCUCAGAACACAAACUGGCAGCCUACUCCCACGAUAUCUCCAGAGGUUCCUCAAGUCGAUCCAAUCCCCGUCGUAGAUCGGCCGCUACAACCGCCCAAACCGAAGCGCACGAGAGUCAAGGGAGGGCGCAAGAACGGCAACGCCAAUACAACGGGAGGCGCCACCAAUCUGGCCGCAGGCGGUAGCAUGCAGCCGAUAAUACCUCCCUCGCUGGUACCAGCCACACCACAGUCAUAUUCCAAACACCGUCGCCAGCCUGACGACCCGUCUACCGACCUAUUCCAGUUUCCCGAACUCUCCAUGCCGGCCGCGAGCAGUUCUUUUGCUCAGAAGAAAUAUCCCACCAGCUUGUCACGAACCCAUUCCGGUGCCAGGGAGCCUUCCCGCGAUCCCAGACGGAAUCCGAAGCAGUCAUCGGCAAUCGACUACUCCUUGAUGGACGAGGAGGCUGGUUCGCUCAUGCAACACGACUUCUCGUAUGACCAGUUGACAUCCUCACAACCCCACGCUAAGAACUCCGACGAAAAGAGACGACCAAGUCCUCUACCUCUCAAUGCGACACCGUUUGCGUCAGGACAUCGUGGGCCCACAAGCGAUUCGCAGUGUCCCGCGCCCGCAGUGCCGUCCACUCACGCUAGCGCUCAAGGCAUGCCUCCACCCCCUUCCCCUACUCGUUCGGAGGUCAAGCGCAAACUGCUUACCAUACUCAUUGAGGACAAACGUAGCGAUGGGAUGGAGCUCGCCGAGAUCCGGGUCCCUCUUCAGCCGCGCGCGGAAACUUUAUGGGUCAAAGCUGCACAAGUCGUCGAGAACUUGCAGAGCGGCCCUUCUCGAAUCGACGGCCCGUGUAGAGUGCAUGCCAUGCGUGGUCAUUUCAGACAGACUUUCCUGCGGAUUGAGCAUGAUGGGCGUGAAAUUUACGACGAACAGCAAUCGUUGCAAGUCGUAGAAGAUGGGCGGGGGAAGACUCUGAGCAUAUACAUUGAAUCGAUUCCAGUCCCCCGGACCAGCACCCCCGUGUAUUCGCGCGUAUCUCACGAACCUACCGCACUACACCUGACCACCGACCCCUCGUCACAAAUGCCGUUGACACCUCAUUCCUCGGGCCCCAGCCCGUUACUGGCCCAUACGCAACAGAAGAGGAGAAGGAUGGCGAGUGCUCGUGACAUUUCUGCUGCGCCGGAAAGCACUAUUCCCGACUACAGUACCGACUACGGACACCAUGAGGUGCCCGAACAGGGUUACGCAGAACCUCGGGAGCUCUAUGAGUCGUCGCUACCAUCCUCAUCCCGCAAGCGCGUGAAAUCAAACGCACAAAUGCUUAGGGCCGCCCCAUCUCCAUACGCGACAACGCCAGCUCAGGAUUCUGCUAGGUCGCAGCCAGGACGGGCUCGCUCUGAGUCGCGCGCAGCUAAGACUUCUCAGCCCACACCAACACGUGAAGGCGAUACAUACGGCGCACCGUCCCCACAGCCAUCAGCCAGUCGACACGCGCCCGCGCAUCGACAGUUGUCUGCCGAUUUUGAUGCGCCUCCCACGAUCUCUGCACUUGCGAGGGCGGCUAAGAGUAAUGGGAACACGCUUGGUAUGGGACUACCGUCUGUACGAAUGCCUCCUAGUCGUGGUGCUCAAGGGCAGGCGCUUUCAGCAGUGGCACCCACUCCCGAAGUCGUAGAAAUCUCAUCUCGCGAGUCUUCGCCGGAAAGAGGUCAUGGCCCCGGUGCUUCACCGUCCUUCUCUCAAGCAUCGGCAGCAGCCGACUUUCAUGCACCCACUUCAUCGACUUUCUCCCCAGCACCGCUCGAGCCUUCGCAACCUCCGGACGACUUCAACCCGCUUCCUUCGCCCGCGCCGGCUCAAAACGAACCUGAACCCGAACCCGAGCCUCUAGCGCAGCCCAGUCCGCCCCCUGUGGAUCCAGCUAUAGCCCACCUUCUGCCGCUAGACAUCUCACCCACAACCUACGUCGCCUCCGAGAUGCCCACUUUCGCCGACAACAUCGAUCAAAUGAUGGCCGCUCGCCUGACCAACACGCUCAGAAUGGACGGGUUCGGUUUCAAGGACUUCCAAGAGAAGCUGACUGCGGGACAAGCGUUGAGUAAUGAGCGUGCGUUGCAUUGGUAUAGAUGGGUACACGAAAAGGUGCAGAAGUAUGCAAAUGAAACUGCGAGAGCGCCGGCGGAGUGUGAACGGCGGUUGGUCGAGCCGAAACAUGUCCUGGCGGCCAUGCAGGUCACUGAGGAAUGGUACGGGAUCGUACGGGAGACGCUCUCAAUGAUGAUGGCGUAUGGCCCUGGUGGCCAGCGCGGCGCCAACCCUCGUGUGGUACAAGCUGCCACUGACAAGAAACCGAGAGACGCCCGACUCGGCGUUGUGCGCUGGACGCAUCUAUUACUUCUCCUACGGGAAGUCCAUGACGAAUGGUCAAGAUCGCAGAAUGCCCCGCGCGAAUGA